GAUAACGUGCUGAUCGUGAUAGGCGGAGACAGUUAUUACAGAGAUGAAAACGAAGAAGCGCGGUCUGUUAUCUCGCGCUGGGCGAGAAGGAAGGUGGCUUCGCAGUUCAGUGAGGAGUAUAUGGAUGGAAGGCAAAGCUUUAUCUUCUCUUGGGAUGAAAAACACCGAAUGAUCCACGAGGAAGCGAUGCGGCAUUUUCUCGAUCCGAGCAAAAGAGGAUCCAAGUUUGAAUACACACCUCCCAGGCCCUUGCCGAAGCCUAUAGAACCUAAAGCUCCCCAACCC